UUUUCGCACCUCGCACUGUCCGCCAAACCAGCCGCCCGCCGCCGCUAUCUUCCUCCUCUCCCGAAUCCUGCAAAGCAGCCGCCGGCCUCCAACCCCACCGCCCACCUUGUCUCCCCCAACCCCGGCCUCCGCCCUCUACUCCUCUGCCGGCGCCCCCUUCCCUCCCCUCCCCUCCCAUUCUCUCCCCCUACGAGCUCCGGCCGCAGCAAGAUCCGCCACGGUCGCACCGCUGCUUCCGCAUCUGUGCCAUCCUCCCGCAUCCCCACCAUCUCCUGCCCUCACGUCCAAUCCGGAUGCCACACCCCUCGCCACUACGUGAAUCCCCUCUCGCUACUGCGUGAAUCCCCUCCGCCAGAUCUCGUGGUCCUCGCCAUCACGCCGGGGGUUUGGGUCGCCAUGAGGAGACGCGGGAGAAGUUCUGUAGGAGCAUCGUCACCAAAGGCACCUGCAAUGUCUCAGGGAGAACAAGAACGUCGCCGACAGUUUUGAUCGAUUGUACGAUUCCUAUAUCUGCACCUAGCCCACCCAUCUAAUCUGCACCUACAUGCAAGCCGUGUAUUCGCUUUAACAAGGAGGGUACUCUGUUGGCUGUCUCUACUGUUGAUAAUGGUAUCAAAGUUUUAGCAAAUGCUGAUGGUCUUCGUUUAUUGCGCACACUGGAAGAUCGUUCUAUCGAUGCUUCUUGUAGUGCAUCUGACACUGUAACAAAGCCGCCGGUGCAACCAGUUCUGAACUGCUGCUCCAUCAGCUAUAACUGCAAUGGUUUGUUUUGAUCCAGAUUCAUUUGGUCUGUUCUAUUAUAAACAAUUUACAUUGCGAUCCCAACUAACUUGUUCUUACUCUGUACUCCCUCCGUCUGGGUUUAUUAGGCCUCUUAGCAUCACAAGCAUGUCCCAUUUUAUAAGGCCUCGCUUUGGAAAGGUGCAUGCAUGCAACCAUUUGAUUGGUUGCAUUGAAAGCCAUUGUUGUUGGUGCCAUGGCUGAAAAAUUAAUACACUUCAUGCGUGCUUUUUCAUUGGCUGCAUGCAGUGAGAGAGUGCAUUGGGAGUGGAAUAGAAGAAUUAAUGUGAGCAAAUUACUAUGUGUCUUGGUAUAAGAGAUGUUGUCUUUAGGCCUAAUAAACCCGGACGGAGGGAGUACUUUUUUUUGACGGAAUAGGGACAACAGAAACUUGGUUGAUGUAAAACCUGGAAUAGCUGAUGAGUCAAUGCAUAAGUCAAAGGUCUGGAAGCUUGUGGAAAUAACUGAUACAGCUCAGUGCAGAUCAUUAAAACUGGGUGAUAGUAUUAGCACAGCUAAGGUGCGGAAACUGCCUUUGGUGACCGAGCUCACUGGAGGCCUCCAAAUUCAAAAUUCAAUUUUCAUUGAAAUUCAUAUUUUUACAUUUCAAAAAAAUCUGAAAAAAAGUACAUAUAUACAUGAAGGCAUAACACAUAUGUGUGUAAAUUUUCAGGGCAAAAUACGUUGAAAUGAGGGCUGUGCAAAAAAGUCAAAUCUGGCGCUAUUUAACACAUGAUACUAUUCAUCCUUCCAGGCCAUGAAUUUGUCUUUUUUCCACAGGUCGCAUUUCAACAUAUUUCAUUAUGUAAUUUUACACACAUGUGAGUUACAUCCUUACAUACGCCCAUUAUUUAUUUCAGAUUUUUUUGAAACAUAAAAGUUUGAAUUUGAAUUUUUCAAAAAUAAAGGCCUCCAUGGAGCUCGGCCUCCAAAACGCCAUUCUCAGCUAAGGUGAUACUUCUUCCCUUGCCUUUUACCUCUGUAUAUUUUUGAAUAUGCAUCAUUUUCUAGCAAUCUGGUGGGUGCACUGCCAUUUAUAAGAUUGCUAUUUUCUUAAAUUAAUUCACAGUGUGAUUUCUACAUGUAGAACACUGUUUUAGCUCUCGUUAGAUGCUUGACGUUUGACAAGUGUCUUACGGACAUGAACAAUCAUUAUGACUGCUAAGCGAAGCUAUAUCUUCAGGAUCCAAUUCCAACCACGUCGACCAGAGCGGCUCCGCUAUCGCCGCAGGCCGUCCGGUGCAAGAGACCACCGGACGGGCGAGCGCUUCGCGACGCGGGUCAAGAAGCCACCACCUGAGAGAACGAUUGAAAAGGCGGCACCACCAUCGUCUCCCUUCAAACUCGCAGCCACCGUGCCGGCGGCGAGCUCGCACGCGCGCGUCGUCGACCAGCAGCACCACCGCAGAUUACUCCCUGCCGUCGCGCCACGUCGUCGUCAUCGUCGGUGGAGGACGACCCUGAAUACGGUUACCUGCGGACGGUGCUAGAGCGUGGUGGGUUCAUGCGCGCAAUGCCGCCGCCGAACUGGCCGUUCAAGGGCCACUCCAUGUCAUCCCCGGUGGACCUGAUCGUGUUCCACCUCCUGGAGCUGGACCUCCCCGCGGACGACUCCGACGACCGGCGCCAAGGCCCGCUCCGGCACCGGUGGAACCGGAAGCUCCUCUUCCACCUCACGCAAGAAAUCCUCCCCGUCCUUCUCCACCUCGACGACAACGGCGCCUCCUACAGAACCAGACUCCACGGGCCGGCGCUGCUAUCGAAGGUGUGGAGCACGGUGAAGGCAUUCCCGGCGGCGGACUGCAGGGUGGUGGGCGACAUCGACGCGCUGGUGGCACUGGACCUACAUGUCACCCAAUUUUGUUGUCUUUGGGGAAUAGAUGAUGACACAUGGACACCAUUCGGUGGCAGUUUGAUGUUUUUCAGGAAUGAAUUCCACCCGUUAUUCAAUACUACUAUGAGAAAAGUAGGGAAAUGCUCACCCUCUGCUAAAUGUACUGGUUCGUCUCGCGGUCUCACCCCCAAAAACAGAGGAGAGGAGAAGGGAGCUCCUCCCUCACACUCGUCGGCUCCAAGGAGCCCCGCCGCCAUGCAUGGUGGAGAGGAGCAGGGAGCUCCGCCGCCACGCAAACCAAGUCUGCAACGUUUGAAUAUUAUACUCAAAGGACCUGACCAUCUAAAAAGAUGUCAAAUUAGUGUGGUACAUUCUUCAGUACUGCAAGUUGGAGUAGCAAGUAAGUAUACACAUCAAAUGAAAGUACUGCUUUAGUACAACAUGCUUCAGUACUGACCAUCUAAAAAGAUGUCUAAUUAGUGUGCACGAAUCAUGUUAAAACCUGUAGUGCCUACUUGUGCAUUGAUACUCAUACCUGACGUUGAUAAAAGUUGCAUUUUGAGAUUCAAUUCUUUGAUUUAUGAUGCUCUGCCAUAUGCACAAUGAGAACAUAUAUCCUUCUUACUGAUCUCUGUUUUUCUAAGUUGAAACUAUUUCUUUGUUACUUGGUGUAUGUGAAGUGCAAUCAUAGUCCUGUCACAAACUUGUUUGAGGAAGGCAAAAGACUGGCCUUUUGCGAGACAGAGAAAAGACCGGCUUAUUUUAGUUUAACACAACAUAGCAAGCUCAAUAUAUAUUAGUUAGCACAUGGCAGGAUGCAGACUAGCCAUGUUCAUUUGUCAACAUUUAUACUUUCCAUUGUGUAGUUGAAGCACGCAUAGGAGCGUCCCAGUUAUGAUGUAUAGUUCACAAUGUUGAUUUGGUAAGUAGUUAGAAAACAUAUGUGAUGUAUAUGUAAAAAGUUGUGCCUCAUUCAAUUCAGAUAAUUGAUUUUCUGACUUUGCAUAUCGAUAAUUGAAAACAAUGCAUGACACACGUGUUAGUGAAAUAGAACAGUAUUUCUGAAUGCACUUUCUUGUAGCAGUAGGUCAAGAGAACUUUUAUGCAUAACACAAUGCCUUUCAGUUUAUAGAUUCAUAACUGAUAACUGUAAUAAUAUUAUUGGAGAGUAUUUCCUAUUAGAUAACUAAACUUAACAUCACAUCUCUUUAUUUUUGUUUUUCCUUCUGAGAACCUUAGAACCCUGCUUGGAAG